AUGCCACCUCCGAGGCUUUUAUCGCGGAUCCUACCUUCCUCAAAGUACAGUCGAGCCACUCUCCAGCAACAGAUCCGUCACCAGUCAACCAAACCUUCAACAGAAGCCGCAAAACAAUCUCGCAUCUCGCGCCUCGAAUCCCGUCUCCCACGUUUCCUCGCUCGCUACAUCAAACCUCUGCGCAAUGCACCGAUCUCUCAUAUAACGGCCUUCCUGGUUCUCCAUGAGCUCACGGCCAUCGUACCUCUAUUCGGUCUCACGUUCGCAUUCCACAAGUUCGAUUGGCUGCCACCGGUCUUCUCGGAGGGCUACUGGGUCAAAGAGGGGGUUGAAAAGUUUGGAAGAUAUUUCAGGCGCAAAGGAUGGAUCAGAGAUGCUGAUGGAGAAGGGUUUGAAGAUGAAAAGAACAGGAAAGGAUUGGCGAAGUGGUGGCCCAGGGGUGAAGAUGGUGUGAGGUUGCUUGUUGAGGUUGCAACUGCAUAUGCGAUCACGAAAGCGCUGCUGCCAUUGAGAUUGGGAUUGAGUCUCUGGCUUACACCGAGCUUUGCAAAGAUCUCGACUCUACCGAUCAAGAGGUGGGUCAAAAGGAAGGCGGUCGCAACGCCAGCUACAAAGAUCGCAGCUUCUCCCGCUGCAGGAACCAAUGCUGUGGGUGGAAAGAGCAUAAAGUGA